AAAAAAUGAGUAUUAGUUAUAGAUAAAACAAUGUUAUAUAAGUAAAAAGUAUUGUUUAUAGAUAAAACAAUGUUAUAUAAGUAAAAAUGAGUAUUGCUUAUAGAUAAAACGUCUAGUUGGUAUAUCAAAGCGCCAAGUUGAAGGCCACAGCAAGUUUAGUUUUUGUCAUGUAUACGUUUUUGAACGAAUUGUAACCCGUACGAAAAAAAAAAACCAAGGUGUUCAUUCUAUAGAGUGAGUCCAUAUACUAUUGUAUUAAAUCUUUAUCAUCAUCUCUACUUCUGUGUUUUGUGAAUUGACACUUUAUGCAUGGUUAUGAAUAGUAUGCAAAGGGAUUACAAAGGCUGUUGUCGGUCGACAGGGGAUGCUUACUCCUCCUAGGUACCUGAUGCUACCUCUGGUAUAUCUAGGAGUCCGUGUUUGCCCAACUCUCUAUUUUGAAUUGAUUAUAUGAGUUAUGAGAUUGAUCUCUGUUUGUUAUCUUCACUUUUCAUGUAGUCAUGAACACAAAUUAUGAAAUUGACCAACCCCAGCAUGAAUACUUCAGGAUAUAAGACAGAGAUGAACAGAUAAAAACAUGCUUAAUUAGGCACUUUUCAUAUUCCUUUGUUGGUUUUGAUACAGAUGAUCAAACAUAAAACAUUUGACAAGCUGCCCAUUCAGGCCUAUAUGUACCCAAUGCCGGCCAUGGCAUUCAUCGAGGAUGACAAAACUCGCUUCAGUGUCCUCACUGCACAGUCGCUGGGGGUAGUCAGCUUACAGACAGGUGAUAUCCAGGUUAUGCUGGACAGGACGCUGAAUCAGGACGACAUGAGAGUUCUAGGUCAGGGUGUCCGAGACAACACGCUGACCCCAAACAUAUUCAAGCUUAUGUUUGAGUCCCGAAGUGCUCCCCCCAUCAAGGACAAAACAAGUGGUUUUCUUUCACUCCAAGCUCACUGCACCUAGUCGAUAACAUUGAGAUUCUACCCUAGAAAAGCUCAGUCAGUGUGCCGCCAUUGAUUUCCCAGCAUUCCUUCCUGUCGGGAUCUUUACCGUGUGAUGUGCACUUACUCAAUCUUCGGUCCUUACAGCAGAGUUAUGAUGGACCAAUCACACAGAGCGAUGACUCAGCACUUCUAUUACACAUACUAGGACUGGAUUGUGGGAUUUCAAGACAUGGAUUACCUUGUACUGAGACACAGGGGAAGGUCAGAUUACGGGAUCUGUUCAGUGACACGCUAGGGGUGAAGGAGAUGCGGCGGACGUCCUUGACAUUACUACACGACAAAGGCCCCACAUCGCUAGAUAGUGACCUUACCUUGAAUCCCAUGGAAAUAUACAGUGUCAAGGUCAAAUGGUGAAUGUUUAUA